CUAGAGCCAGAGGCUUUUCACGGGAGCUCGCUCAUAAACAGAGUUGGAACUACGACUGUGCCCUGCAUGUGAUGAGCAAAUGAGUGAUGCCACUACUCGCAUCUCCGUGCGGUGGGCCAUCAGUGGCGAAUUGAUCUAUGAAAGCGAAUGGGUUUUGGCAGAUCUGGAAGGCGAUGAUUUCGCAGCGAAGCUUCAGUGGCAGAUAUCACAAACCACAGGGAUGUGCCGCUUUCGGCAGCAACUGCUGGUGGGACACCAAUGCGUAGAAAGAAGGCGCUCGUGGCAGAGCCUGGGAGAGCCAAAGGAGCUUCAACUGACCUUACUCCGACCGGUCACUGGCUACACUUCUGAACUGCUGAAUGCCGUAAGCUCUUGUUCUCCUAGCAGCGUUGAAGACGUGCUGACUCGAGGGCAAGAGCCGAACGUCAUGGAUAUGUAUGGCGCACCUGCAAUAUGCAUUGCUGGUGCCACUGGAUGCUUGGAGGUUGUGCAGCUGCUGCUGGAAGCAGGUGCUGACUUGGAAGCCACCAGCCUCUGCGAGGGGACUUGCCCAUUGUUCCUUGCGGCGUCCAAUGGCAACCUCGAAGUUGUGCAGUGUCUAGUGCGUGCGAAAGCGAACCUAAACCAGCAAGAUCACAGCUUAGAAACCCCGAUCUAUGCCGCUGCUAGUAAUGGCUAUGAGGAAGUGGUUUCUUUCCUCGCUGAAGCAGCAGCUGACCCGAAUCAGGCUGACAUUUUGAAGUCCACACCUUUGUUGGUUGCUGCGGACCAUGGCUUUUAUGACGUCGUCAAGUGCUUGCUUAGCUGUAAGGCUGAUCCGCGCAUUGCCACCUGUGAUGGUGAGACGCCCUUGUAUGUGGCAUCUGUUGAGGGGCACUAUGAAGUUGUCAGGGCUUUACUGGAAGCGGGUGCCGACCAAGAGAUUUCUGGGAGUGAAAGGAGCCACAACCUGCUCACCGCUGCACAACAAAACCACAUAGAGGUGCUUCAAUGCCUCUUGCAGUUUGGGAAUGCUGAAGAAACAAAGAAGAGCGCUGAGACUUUAUUGAUCAGGGCUGCUGUCAGGGGUUGGCAACGCUGGCUCCCUUGCCUUUUUGAUGCUGGAAUUAACCCCGAUGCAACUGCUGACAUGGGCUUCACCGCCUUAGGCAUCGCAUCCCAGUUUGGCCAAACUGCUGUGGCAAAGAGCUUGCUCCAAGCUCGGGCGGAUCACAACAAACGAAUGGAAGAUGGUUCCACCCCAUUGCUUCUUGCGGCUCAGUAUGGACGGCUUGAGAUUGCAAGCAUGUUGUUGCAAGCGGGUGCAGACAUUCAUGCUGCUUUGGAUAAUGGGGAGACAGCAGUGACUUUGGCAGCCAAAAGAGGUCACGUUGAUGUGGCCAAGUGUUUGGCUGAGGCGCGUCAGCGGCCGUUUGCCAAUGGGCUUGCCAAGGCGUAACCGUUCGCCAACCAAGCGCAAACAUUCUCAGCCGCAAGAAAACUGAAGCAAGGAUGGACAGCUGACUGCGG